CGGGGCGGGGCUCGCUGUCCGCUCUCCUGUGUGCCCUGUCACUCGGUGCACAUUCCGGAGAAAGGAUCCGGACAGCGUGUGUUUGGGCUCAGCAAUGGCUCCCAGUGUGUGUGGCAGCCGCUCUCAGCCCUGUAAUACUCCUGUACUGCCCGGCGCUUGUCCCCUUAGCCGACCCGCUGCUGCUGCUGAGACCGCUGCUGCUGAGACCGUCCCGCUACUGGAAUGAGCUGGUGCCCCGCGCUGUGCCCUGAUGCCCGGGAAUGAGCGAGACAUGGGGGCUGCUGCCUGUGAGGGGAGAGCGAGCCAGGCCGCCAGGAUAUUGACUAUUGUAGUUGUUCUUGCUGGUACCACGGAUGCUGCAUCUGUGCGGAUAUCUCAGAAGACGACCAUAGUCCUCCCAUCGGGGAAAUACCAACACUCUGAUCCGGGAUCCAAGAUAAAUCUCAUCUGUGAUAAAUGCCCUGCGGGUACCUAUGUAUCCAAGCACUGUACCGAGUCAGCCCUGCGGGAGUGCAGCCCCUGUCCCAACGGCACCUUCACCAAACACGAGAAUGGAAACGACAGGUGCCACCUCUGCAGAGCAACUUGCCAGUCUUCUCAUGUGGAGGAAUUGCCUUGCACUGCCUUGUCUGACCGCGAGUGCACUUGCCCACCUGCUACUUUCCUUCUCAACGACACCUGCACCCCUCAUACUCCAUGCCCAGUAGGAUGGGGCGUCCGGAAGAAAGGGAGCGAGGUGGAGAAUGUCAAGUGCAAGGCGUGUUCCCGCGGUACAUAUUCUGAUGUGCCUUCUAGUGUGCUGAAAUGCAAAACCCAUACAGACUGUGCGGAACUUGGUCUGGCGCUCAUAAAGCCUGGUACUACAGAACAUGACAAUGUAUGCGGAGCACUCUCCUCAACUACUACAGAUGUGUAUUCCACCCAUACUGACUAUGAUCCGACAGAUGUUUACAAUGAAACUGCAAAGAAUGAAACCAUUUACUUGAACACGACCGACGCCGGGGACGCAGGAACCCGGCAAAACCACACCAAAAAGCCGGCGCCCGUCUAUAUCCUGCAAUCUGGUGGUGGCAAGGGAGAUGGACUAAAGACCACCGUGCCGAGGACCAUGAAGAGGACACCCCCUCGGCAGAACGCUAACGGUUUUGACAUUAACGAGCACCUCCCGUGGAUGAUUGUUCUGUUCCUCCUGCUGGUACUGGUCAUUAUUGUGGUUUGCAGCGUCCGCAAGAGCUCCCGCACCCUCAAAAAGGGACCAAAGCAGGACCCCAGCUCCAUCGUGGAGAAAGCCGGAUUCAAAAAGUCUAACACGCUGGCACAGAACCGGGAGAAGUGGGUCUACUACUGCAACGGGCACGGUAUUGACAUCCUGAAGCUCGUGGCAGCGCAGAUCGGAGGCCAGUGGCAGGACAUCUACCAGUUCUUGUGCGAUGCAAAUGAGCAUGAGGUGGCCUCCUUCUCCAAUGGCUACACAGCCGAUCACGAGCGAGCCUACGCAGCCUUGCAGCACUGGACCAUACAAGGACCUGAGGCCAGUCUCGCCCAGCUCAUCAGCGCUCUGCGCCAGCACAGACGCAACGACGUGGUAGAGAAGAUUCGCGGACUGAUGGAGGACAGAGUGCAGAUGGAAACGGACAAACUGACUCUGCCGAUGGAAGUCAACCAGCCAAUGGCAAACGGUAGCGCAAAGCCCCCCGACUCCAACGCCGUAACCGUGGAACCAUCGCCCCUUGACAAAAACAAAGGAUUUUUCGCAGAUGAGUCUGAGCCUCUUCUCCGAUGUGACUCAACUUCCAGUGGCUCCUCUGCACUCAGUAGAACUGGAUCAUUUAUAACCAAAGAAAAGAAAGACACGGUGCUGCGGCAGGUUCGACUGGACCCGUGUGACUUGCAGCCGAUCUUCGACGACAUGCUUCACAUCCUGAGCCCUGAAGAGUUUCACCUUCUAGAGAAGAUUCCGCAGGCAGAGGACAGGCUGGACCGUCUGUUUGAGAUCGCCGGAGUCAAGAGCCAAGAGGCCAGCCAAAAACUAUUAGACUCUGUCUACUGCCACCUCCCUGAUCUGCUGUAACGUCCGAGUAGACUGAACGCAACGUAUUGCCUUCCAACGGCAGCGCAAUCAGGUUUCACGACCGCUCUAGGCCAGUCAUUACUUCUCUUCGUUUUGUUUUUUUCCCCUUUUUGGGAAACGGUUUAGGAAUGAGAACUUUCACUUUCAAGCCAGCGUAUUUAUUAGUAUGUCAGGGUUGCUGCAAGUGUAGGAUACAUGGAUUGGCUACAUGUGACUGUCUGAUGUGUGGGAAAUGGAGAAGCAGCUAACUGUCACCUUGGACAGCUAACUGUCACCUUGGAGUGCACAUUUACACCAACUGCAACAAGCUCUGCACAACAAAUACAGACAUUUCCUUAUCCAGGGGUGACAUCAUAAGAGGUUGGGCAGCCAUAUGUCAAGUGAAAAGUUCAGGCAGUUUGGUCAGUUUCAGCCUAAGUGGCCAAUCAUCUCUACGUACAACUUGCAUCUGUAGGCUGAUUGGUUGGAUAUACCAGAAUGUUGUGGCGUGAGGCCAUCGUUAGUUAUCUGAUUGGCCCUGUGUUAUGAAGCUUGCAGGGGUGUAGGCAGUGCUACUAGGAACCUUUGUGAAGCUCUUAUUGUUCAGGAGCAGAUCUGUAGUUGGUCAUCCACGAAGACACAAGGUUUAUCCCAGAAGAGCAAGUGUCUCCUGCAUGAAUCCCAUAGAGUUAUCCGCAGUUAUUGCAG